CUUUUGGGUGGGAGUUGAAUAUAAAAAGAAAAAGGUUAAUUAAAGGAGAGAGUGACAUUUUCUCCGCAGCCACAAAUUUAAAUGUGGGCUAUAAUUUUAUAGUUUGUAGGUUUUUGACUUUGCGGAUCUCCCAACUGCCUCAUCCAUAUCCAGGCCAACGAUGAAUAAAGUACAACCUUCAUCCGGCCGCCCCUGAAGACCACUGUUUCCAUCUCUCUUUCAAGUGAAAGCAAGCGAGUUGCUAUGAACGAGAUAAUUCAUCAGAACAUCAAAACAAAUGGAAUAUGGAUGCACGUAGCAGAGCAAGGAACGGGGCCUCUGGUUCUCUUGCUCCAUGGCUUCCCAGAACUCUGGUAUUCAUGGCGCCACCAGAUAACUUUCCUUGCCAACCACGGUUACCACGUUGUUGCUCCUGAUCUCAGAGGCUAUGGUGACUCACACUCUCCUCUCAGCCCCGAAUCCUACACUGUCAUGCACCUUGUUGCAGACGUCAUUGGGUUGCUCGAUCAUUUUCGUCAACAACAGGCUUUUGUGGUGGGACAUGACUGGGGAGCCAUCGUUGGUUGGCAUCUAUGCUUGUUCCGUCCCGACAGAGUCAAGGGAUUCAUCAGCUUGUCUACUCCUUACUUUCCAAGAAAUCCUGAAGUUAAAUUUACUGAAUUCUACAGACAAUUGUUCGGAGAUUGGUCCUACAUCUCCCAGUUCCAGGAACCAGGACGAGCAGAAAGGGCUUUUGCAAGGUAUGAUUAUUUGGCUGUAAUGAAGAAAUUCUUCCUGAUAACAAAGACAGAUAACUUGAUAGCUCCUGCGGGGAUGGAGAUCAUUGAUUACCUGGAGACCCCAUCAUGGUUACCACCAUGGAUUACAGAAGAAGAACUUCAGGUCUAUGCAGACAAGUUUCAAGAAUCUGGCUUCACUGGUGCCUUCAAUUACUACCGUGCCAUGGACUUGAACUGGGAGCUUACUGCACCAUGGCAAGGAUCAAAAAUCAUGGUUCCAACCAAAAUUCUUCUGGGUGACAAGGAUAUAGGAUUUGAAGUUAAUGGUACAAGACAAUAUGUUGAAGGAGAAGCAUUAAGGAGUUUUGUUCCUAACCUUGAAGUGGUCAUUCUGGAUGGUCACCAUUUUAUCCAAGAAGAGAAACACCAACAAGUGUCGCAGGAAAUUCUGUCCUUUAUUCACAAAGUCUCUGCAGAUUAGAAGCCUGGAGUGCUUGUUUUCAGAAUCAUUGCUGUGCAGUUCUGCUUCUAUACUGUAAAAAAAAGGCAUAUAUGGAGAAUCCUGAUUGAUUUUUCUUUAACAUGAGAAGCAUAAGUUGAAACUAGACUUUGGAAUAAUAUCAGCAUGUAUUGAUCAAUGUCAA